ACCUGCCAAACCUCGGUGAAACUUGGACAGCCAAGCGACGGUAACCAUCCUCGUCACUCACGCCGACCUCCCAUCCUCCUCGAUGCCUUUAAUCAGUUCAAUGAGUUUAAUGGAAGGCGCUCUCUCGUUUUAAAAACGGAUUCCAACGGGAAAUGAAUAAAAGUCCCGAGAUGUAUCAGAGCUUCCUCAAGCAUGUUUGGACUCCAAUGAAGCCCUACUAUACCAAGGCUUACCAAGAAAUCUGGGUUGGGAUGGCUGUGAUGGGCUACAUCGUGUACAAAAUUCGAAGUGCCGACAAAAGAAGUAAAGCCCUGAAAGCAUCUGCCGGUGCCGCUCCUGCUCACGGCCAUCAUUAAGCAGCUGUUCCUUCAAUUUUGUACGGGGUGGAACAUCACUGCUGCUGUAAAUUUGCCAAGCUAACAAUGGGAGAAAGCAUUUGGAAACCUUGUAAAUGUCCGUGGAUAUUGUUCCCUUUCCCGGUAUGAAUAAAUAAGUGUUCAAGGCGA